AUGGACACCAAUGAACGCCUAGUUUGUUCUUCAUCAGUAUUAGCACCCUGUGGGACACCUAAUGAGGUUUUGGGACAUAUUGAGAUAGAGGUAGUUGAUUUCUUCGAGAGUGUGAUCAAUGGCUGUAAUCCCUCAACGGUGAUAUUAGCAGAGACUAUCAGAUCCUUGAGUUAUUGUCGUCGGAAUGGAGGGCGCUUCAUAGGAUGCAUACAGUUAUUGGCCAAAGGGAUAACCAUUGUCGAGCUGACUGAGGAAAACACAAGACUGAAGCAAGAGUAUGCCGAAUUAGAAGAAGAAAGUACUGAAGCACAGGCAGAAAUUAACAUGCUAAACAGUUAUUUGAGCGGGCUAAGUCAAAGGUUGGAUGAACAAGGAGACCACAUUGCUGCAUUGCAUAAGUUCAAGGUACCAAAAUUUGAAAAAUAUGAUGGUACAAAGUGCCCCAAAACCCAUAUCACCAUGUAUUGCAGGAAGAUGGCAGCUCAUGCACAGGAUGAGAAACUCUUGAUGCAUGUUUUUCAAGACAGUCUUACUGGUUCUGCGGCCAGAUGGUAUGUUCAACUGGACAGGACUCGCAUUCGCUCUUGGAGCGAUAUGGCGCAUGACUUUAUCAGUCAAUACCGACAUAUCAUCGAUUUGGCUCCAGAUCGUUUGUCUUUACAGAAUCUGGAGAAAAAGACAAACGAAUCUUUUAAAGAGUAUGCCCAGAGGUGGAGAGAUAUUGCUUCUCAGGUACAGCCUCCUCUGACCGAGAAAGAAACUACAGUGCUAUUUGUUAGCACUUUAAAACCUCCCUAUUAUGAAAAGAUGAUAGGGAAUGCAACAAAGAAUUUUGCCGAUAUGGUAAUUUCAGGAGAAAUCAUUGAAAGUGCCAUCAAGAAUGGCAAGCUAGAAGGGAAUGAAGCAUCUAGCAAAAGAAUCCCAAAGAAAAAAGAAACUGAAGCUCAGGCUGUGAGCUUUGAUAGACAGCAACUUAGGGGUUAUUCGCCCUACCCCCCACCAGAAUAUCUGCCCUAUCACCCCACUGUAAAUAACACUUCUUUUCACCCAUACCAACCACCAUACCCCCAAACCUAUCAAACCUCUCAUAGACCCCAAAACACCAUGUACAGUUCUAACAUUCAACCCACCCCAAAACCACAAAUUCGCCCAACUAACCCUGCUGGUGGCUCGCGGGAGCAACGAACCACUCGCGAAAGACCUAUUUUUGACCCUAUUCCCAUGACCUAUACGGAAUUAUACAAGGAGCUCUACAACAAUCAUUUGAUUGCUCCAAGUAAAUUGGAACCCCUCAAGCCACCUUACCCUAAGUGGUAUGAUCCCACUGCCCACUGUGACUACCAUUAUGGGGAUGGAAUGAUUUGCUUUGAUACUGGAGGGAUGACUGCACCAAAUGUUAGUGGCAAUCCUUUGCCAAAUCAUAAUGUGAAUGCUAUAGGUGAAGAGCAUGAGCGCCAUGUGAAGAAAGAAGUGGUAGAUAUUAAGACACCUCUCGAUCAGUUGUUUGAUGUCUUACGAAAGGCAGACAUGAUGCAACUGGUAAGUCCACACAGCUAUCAUGGAGCAUAUAUAGCUGGUACUAGUUGUAAGUAUCAUAGUGGGGCAAGAGGCCACUCCAUUGAGACCUGUAAACAAUUUCACCGAGAGGUGCAAAAACUCCUGAAUUCACAUCAGAUAGAGGUCUACGAAGAAAAAGAAAGCUUGAAGAAUGCUGAGGUGUGCAUGAAUGAUAGGCCUGAAAAGCUGUUUCCCAAACCAGUGACAAUUCGGUGUGGAAACAAACCAAAAUCAGUCAUAGACAAGCUCCUCCCUAGGCCGGUAACUUUUAAAGUCCCAACUCCUUUCCCAUACAAAGAUGAUAAAGCUGUACCCUGGAGAUAUGGAUGUGACGCUGUAGUGCAGGGGCAAAAAGAAGAGGUCUCCAAAGCCGAUGCUUCUAACAUUACUGGUGUAGGAGGCAUUACUCGAAGUGGGAGAUGUUACACCCCAGAAAUGCUAGAGAAGGCUAGAAGAGAGAAGGCUAAAGAAGGAGAAAGACGAAAUAAUCCAGAGAUAGAGCCUGAAGAAGAUCAGCCAAAGCCAGUAUCAGAAAGGGAGGUUUGUGAAUUCCUGAAGCUGGUAAAACAUAGUGAAUAUUCAGUUGUGGAACAGUUGAAUAAAAUGCCAGCUCGAAUCUCAUUGUUAUCACUGUUGCUGAAUUCAGAGCCACAUCGAAAUGCCUUGCUGAAAGUGUUGAAUCAGGCAUACGUGGCACAUAACGUGUCUGUCGAAUAUGUGAAUCACUUGGCUGGAAACUUAGUCAUGCCAAAUCACAUUUCAUUCAGUGAUGAUGAGAUUUCUUUGGAGGGAAAGAGAAAUGCUAAGGCCUUGCAUAUCACAGUAAAGUGCCAGAGCCAUAUCAUAGCUAAAGUCCUUAUCGAUAAUGGUUCUGCCAUCAAUGUCAUGCCUAUGUCAACUUUGGCAAGGCUACCCAUCGAUUAUUCUCAUAUGCGAGAUAGUCAGAUGAUUGUGAGAGCCUUUGAUGGAACCAGAAAAGAAGUCCUGGGGGAUAUUGAGAUGCCCUUACAAAUUGGGCCGUGCACCUUCAAUAUAACAUUUCAAGUGAUGGAUAUCUCUCCAUCCUACAGCUGUCUGUUAGGAAGGCCAUGGAUUCACAUGGCAGGAGCUGUACCCUCUACUUUGCAUCAAAAGAUCAAAUUCAAUGUGAAAGGUCAAUUAGUAGUGGUAGUUGGGGAGGAAGACAUGCUAGUGACCCAACCAUUGAACACUCCAUAUGUAGAGGCUGCCGAAGAAGCAUUGGAGUGCUCCUAUCGAUCUUUUGAAUUGGUCAAUACUGUAGGUGAAGGAUUUCAAAGUCAGCCUUUUUCAAAGAUAGUGGUGAGCCAAGUCAUCAACAAAGGCUGGUGUCCAGGACUUGGGCUAGGCAAAAAUUUGCAGGGAAUUAAAGAACCUCCGACAAUAGCGGACAAUAGCGACAGGGCAGGCUUAGGAUACGAGAUGGCAGAGUGGGAAGUCAAAAGAAGGCCAUCAAGAAAGACAGCAAGACUGAUGUUUAUCCCACAAUUGUACGAAACCUUCAGACCUGGAGGAUUUAUGAACCCAGAUGCAAAGAAAAGUGUGGAAGAGGACUUUGCCCAGUUAGCCAUUAAUGCUGUUGAAGAUGAAGUGGGGCUCAACAAAGAAGAAUGGGUUCGCCUUUGUCCACAAGACUAUGAGCUGAACAAUUGGAGUGCCAUUGAAAUGCCUCUGACUUUUGAUUUUGAUUCAAUGUCUUUAAAUGAACAAGAAGAUAAUCAUGAUAACCAUCAAGAGGUUAACUUUGAGAAUUCAAUUAAUACUGAUGAACUUGACAAUGAAGAGAAUUUUGAAGAAUAUGUUAUGUCUCCGGACCUAAUGAGGAUCAUUGAACAAGAGAAUAAGCCAAUUGAGCCUUAUCAGGAGGUAGUGGACUUAGUGAAUCUGGGAGAUGAAGAAAAUAAGAAAGAGGUUAGAAUGGGCACUUCACUUCCAUCUGGAGAUAGGCGACGGUUGGCAGACCUACUUCAAGAAUUUAUAGAUAUAUUCGCUUGGUCUUACCAGGAUAUGCCAGGACUGAGCACAGAGAUAGUGGAGCACAGAUUGCCCCUAAAGUCAGAAUGUAAGCCCGUUCAGCAGAAACUGAGACGGAUGAAGCCCGAAAUGCUGCUAAAGAUUAAAGAGGAGGUGAAGAAACAAUUUGAUGCAGGUUUUCUGCAAGUGGCCAAGUAUCCAGAAUGGGUAGCCAAUAUAGUCCCAGUUCCUAAGAAAGAUGGAAAAGUACGAAUGUGUGUAGACUAUCGGGAUUUGAAUAAGGCUAGCCCAAAGGAUAACUUUCCUUUACCUCAUAUCGACACACUGGUAGAUAACACAGCUAAGCAUUCGAUUUUCUCCUUUAUGGAUGGUUUCUCGGGGUAUAAUCAGAUAAAAAUGGCUGCAGAUGAUAUGGAAAAGACUACUUUUGUGACCAUGUGGGGAACUUUCUGCUACAAAGUCAUGCCUUUUGGGUUAAAGAAUGCUGGGGCAACAUAUCAAAGGGCUAUGGUAACACUCUUUCAUGACAUGAUGCAUAAAGAGAUUGAGGUGUAUGUAGACGAUAUGAUUGCAAAGUCUUGUGAGGGUGAAGAUCAUGUUACUAGCCUCAGAAAGUUAUUUGAGAGGUUAAGGAAAUUUCAGCUCAAAUUAAACCCAGCCAAGUGCACCUUUGGGGUAAAGUCAGGGAAGUUGCUAGGCUUUGUGGUCAGUGAAAGAGGAAUUGAAGUUGAUCCCGAUAAGAUACAGGCCAUCCAAAAUUUGUCACCUCCCAGCACGCCAAGAGAAGUUCGAGGUUUUCUGGGGAGAUUGAACUACAUCUCUCGGUUUAUCUCUCAGCUUACUUACAAAUGUGAUCCCAUAUUUAAGCUUCUCCGUAAGAAUAAUCCUGGGAAAUGGAACGAAGAAUGUCAAGAGGCAUUUGAUAAAAUUAAGCAGUAUUUAUCGAACCCUCCAAUAUUGGUGCCACCUGUUCCAGGAAGACCUUUAAUUCUGUACCUAACUGUAAAUGAAAAUUCAAUGGGAUGUGUGCUGGGGCAGCAAGAUGAAGCUAGCCGAAAGGAGAGAGCUACUUACUAUCUGAGUAAAAAGUUCACGGAAUAUGAAUCCAAGUAUUCUUCAUUGGAGAAAAUGUGUUGUGCAUUAGCGUGGACUGCCAAAAGACUCAGACAGUAUAUGCUUUAUCACACUACGUGGCUCAUAGCAAAAUUGGAUCCAAUUAAGUAUAUCUUCGAGAAGCCUUCUUUGUCAGGAAGAAUCGCUAGAUGGCAAGUAAUGCUCUCAGAAUAUGACAUUAUAUAUGUGAGCCAAAAAGCAAUAAAAGGAGGCGCUAUAGCAGAAUUUCUUGCAGAUCGUGCUACUGAAGAGUAUGAGCCGAUGAAGCUGGAAUUCCCUGACGAAGACUUAAUGACUAUUUCCCGACUGGAGGAAAGGGAGCAUAUGGAAAGAUGUUGGAGAAUGUACUUUGAUGGAGCUGCUAACGCCUUGGGGCAUGGAAUUGGGGCAAUUUUGAUUUCUCCAGAAGAACAAUACUAUCCUGUAACAGCGAGGUUAAAUUUUAAUUGCACAAAUAACAUCGCUGAGUAUGAGGCAUGUGUCAUGGGCCUGCAAGCUGCUAUAGAAAGAAGAGUGAAAGUACUGAAAGUAUUUGGAGACUCAGCUCUAGUCAUAUACCAGUUGAAAGGAGAAUGGGAGACGAGAGAUUCAAAACUCGUUCCGUAUCAUAAGUAUAUUCUAGAGCUGACAAAACAAUUUGAAGAUGUCCAGUUCGAUCACUUACCCCGGGAAGAGAAUGUGAUUGCUGAUGCAUUGGCUACUCUGGCCGCGAUGAUUCGAAUUAAUCAUAAUACGGACAUUCAGCCCAUCAAGUUAGAUGUUAAGGAUAUACCAGCGUAUUGUUCUAAUGUAGAGGGGAGAGAUGGAAAACCCUGGUAUUAUGACAUCUUACAGUAUGUCAAGGAUCAGCAGUAUCCAGUUCAUGCAACAGAAAAUGAUAAAAGGGUCAUCCGAAGAUUGGCUAUGAGCUUUUUCCUGGAUGGGGAUGUCCUGUACAAAAGAAGUAAAGAUCAAGUAUUAUUGAGGUGUGUAGAUGAGACUGAAGCGAAGAAAAUCAUUAAAGAGGUGCAUGAGGGAAUAUGUGGGGCACAUGCUAGUGGACAUAUGAUGGCAAGACAGAUCAUGAGAGCGGGAUAUUACUGGUUGACGAUGGAGAAUGAUUGCAUCGACUAUGCUCGUAAAUGUCAUAAAUGCCAGAUAUAUGCUGAUAAGAUCCUUGCUCCACCAUCUGCUUUACAUGUUAUGGCACCAUCAUGGCCAUUUUCAAUGUGGGGCAUGGAUGUCAUUGGUCCAAUCACUCCAAAAGCUUCUAACCGGCACAGAUUCAUUUUUGUGAUGAUAGAUUACUUCACAAAGUGGGUGGAAGCAGCAUCAUAUGCAAAUGUGACACGCUCCGUGGUUUGCAAGUUCAUAAAGAAAGAGAUCAUUUGUAGAUAUGGACUUCCGGAGAGAAUUAUUUCAGACAAUGCCAAGAAUCUAAAUAGUAAGAUGAUGCAAGAAAUAUGUGCUCAAUACAAGAUCAAGCAUCAUAACUCGGCACCUUAUCGUCCGAAAAUGAAUGGAGCAGUUGAGGCAGCCAAUAAGAACAUAAAGAGGAUUCUGGAGAAGAUGACCGAGACUUACAAAGAUUGGCAUGAGAAGUUGCCAUUUGCCUUGCUUGCAUAUCGAACGUCAGUUCGCACCUCUACUGGGGCAACCCCAUUUUCUUUGGUUUAUGGGAUGGAAGCUGUACUACCAGUGGAAGUAGAGAUCCCCUCUUUGAGAGUCUUAAAAGAAGUUGAGUUGGAAGAGGCUGAAUGGAUUCGAGAACGUUAUGAGCAGUUAAAUUUCAUAGAAGAAAAGAGAUUGACUGCACUGUGCCAUGGUCAGUUAUACCAAAGAAGAAUGAUGAGGGCUCAUGAUAAGAAGACUCGGCCUCGUUGCUUUCGAGAAGGAGAGUUGGUUUUGAAAAGAAUUCUCCCAAUCCAGCACGAUAGUAGAGGAAAAUGGACUCCGAAUUGGGAAGGGCCGUAUGUGGUGAAACGGGCUUUUUCGGGUGGAGCAUUGAUACUGACUGAGAUGGAUGGAAACGAUUUACCCCAUCCUGUAAAUUCUGAUGCUGUGAAGAAAUACUAUGCUUGA